UCUAGCAGCUCGGCUUGGUUUCACUGCGUCGUCUGCUCUCGUCCCAUUGGCGCAGGUGAUCCGUCUCAGGAUGCGAGAGGAGAGCGGAGGAGAGGGGCAGAGAGAGGGGAAAGCGCCGAUGGAAAAGUGUCCAGGGCUCGGUUAACAAGAAGACAGGAUACCGGCCCGCUUCAGCUCGUCCUGGGACACUCGGCGAUGAGAGAUUCACCGAAAGGGGCACUUUGAGAUAUGAUGAGGUUUAUUUCUGGUCGGCAAUAGUACUAUGAUUUGGUAUGUGGCCACUUUGAUAGCAAGUGUAUUCAGCACCCGAGGAACGGCCGCUCAAGGUGCCCACGGAGUGCGAGAGGAGCCUCAGUUUGUGACGGCCCGUGCAGGAGAGAACGUCAUCCUGGGAUGCGACGUGUCCCACCCCCUGAACGGCCAGCCCUACGUGGUGGAGUGGUUCAAGUAUGGAAUGCCCAUCCCCUUCUUCAUCAACUUUCGCUUCUACCCUCCUCAUGUGGACCCGGAGUACGCUGGCCGGGCCAGUCUGCACGGCAAGUCCUCCCUGCGGAUAGAGAAUGUGCGAUCAGACGACCAGGGCUGGUACGAGUGUAAGGUGCUGAUGCUGGAGCAGCAGUAUGACACCUUCCACAACGGCAGCUGGGUGCAUCUAACCGUCAACGCUCCCCCCACGUUCACGGAUACACCACCUCAGUAUGUGGAGGCCAAGGAGGGGGGUAGCAUCACUUUGACCUGCACGGCCUUCGGCAACCCCAAACCCUCGGUCAGCUGGCUGCGGGAAGGCAGCCUCAUGGUCAGCAGUGCCAAGUAUAAGGUGUCUGAUGGGAGUUUGACGGUGCUAUCCAUCACGCGGGAGGAUCGUGGGGCCUACACGUGUCGAGCCUUCAGCCCCCAGGGAGAAGUCAUCCACACCACACGGCUGCUAGUACAAGGCCCUCCGUUUAUUGUAUUACCACCAGAGAACAUUACGGUGAACAUCUCGCAGGACGCCUUCUUCACCUGCCAGGCGGAGGCCUACCCCCGAAACCUGACCUACACCUGGUUCUGGGAGGAGGACAACGUCUUCUUCAAGAAUGACCUAAAGCGCAGAGUCAGUAUUCUCAUUGACGGUUCCCUCAUCAUUGCCCAAGUCAAGCCGGAGGAUGCUGGGAAAUACACCUGUGCUCCUAGCAACAGCCUGGGCCGACCACCGACUGCCUCUGCCUACCUAACAGUGCAAUAUCCUGCCCGAGUGGUAAACAUGCCAUCUGUCAUCUACGUGGCCAUUGGUCUGCCCGGCUUCAUCCGCUGUCCUGUAGAUGCCAACCCCCCUAUAACUCUGGUUAAGUGGAAGAAAGAUGGCCUCCCUCUCCGGGUAGACAAGUACCCUGGUUGGAGCCAAAUGGAAGAUGGGAGCAUCCGUGUGGCAGAGGUGACGGAGGACUCUCUCGGCACCUAUACCUGCAUGCCUUACAAUGCCCUGGGUUCCAUGGGAUGGUCCCCUUCCGCUCCCCUGGUGCUAAAGGACCCUCCCAAAUUCUCAGUGGUUCCUGGAGGGGAGUACAGGCAGGAGGCUGGGAGAGAACUGGUCAUCCCCUGUGAGGCGGAGGGAGACCCCUUUCCCAACAUCACAUGGAGGAAGGUAGGGAAGCCAAGUAAAAGCAAGCACAAUGUUCUGCCCCGAGGCAGCUUACAGUUCAAGUCACUCACAAAGGAGGACCACGGGGAGUGGGAGUGUGUCGCCACCAACGUUGCCACGAGCAUCACUGCCAGCACGCACGUCCAAGUCAUAGGCACAAGCCCCCACGCCCCCACCAGCGUCCAUGUGGUGGCGUCCUCCACCUGGGCCAACGUGUCCUGGGAGGCGGGCUAUGACGGAGGCUUCCAGCAGACAUUCUCAGUCUGGCUGAAGAGGGAGCAUUUAGGUCCACAUGACUGGCUCUCCGUACCCGUGCCUGGAGGCCAUGACUGGAUGGUGGUGCCCGGCUUGGAGCCAGAGACAACAUACCAGUUCAGCAUCCUGGCCCAAAACAAGCUUGGCACAGGCCCUUUCAGCGAGGUUGUCACUGUGAACACACUAGUAUUUCCUAUAAGUACCCCUGAACCAUUGGUGCUGCUUACCCCACCACGGUGCCUCACAGCCAAUCGCACGCAGCAGGGAGUCCUGCUCACCUGGAUCCCACCUGCCAAUCAUACAGCACCUAUCCAGCAUUACGUCAUGGAGUUCCGUCUGGGGGAGCGAUGGGAGGUCUUGGACGACAGCAUUCCUGCUGGGGAGACGGACUUGCUUGCCCGGGACCUCAUCCAGGAGGCGUGGUACGAGUUCCGUGUCAUGGCCGUCAUGGACGACAUGAUCAGUGAGCCGAGUAAUGUCGUAGGAGUGUCCAGCACAGACUUCUUCCCUCCCCCAGAGAUGGUGGAGGAAGGUGGGCUGGCGCGGCCUGUGGUGGCUGGCAUUGUGGCCACCAUCUGUUUCCUGGCAGCAGCCGUCCUGUUCAGUACGAUGGCUGCCUGCUUCGUCAACAAGCAGCGCAGGAGGAAGCUUAAGAGGAAAAAAGACCCCCCUCUGUCCAUCACCCACUGCAGAAAAAGCAUGGAAACUCCAUCAUCUUCAGGAAAGGUGAGCCCAGAGAGCGUUCGUUCAAAGGCAUCCCCGUCAGAAUCAUCUGAAGAUAGUCAUGACCAGCGUGGGAAGAAACCACCCCCAAGUCCGGGAAAGCGGGAGGAAAUGUCUUUGUACAAGAAGACCAAACGAGCAAUAACAAGCAAGAAAUACAGCAUUUCCAAGCAUGAAGCUGAAGCAACAACACCCAUCGAACUCAUCAGCAGAGGCCCAGAUGGACGUUUUGUCAUUGAUCCCAAUGAUGUAGAAAUGUCCGUUAAGCCCCGGCGAAUUGAGGGCUUCCCAUUUGUGGAAGAAUCAGACCUCUAUCCUGAAUUCCGUCAGUCAGACGAAGAGAAUGACGAUCCCCGGCCUCUGCCCCCAGUUAUGGCCCCACUUCGGCCUCACCAGAUUUCCCCCAUCUCCAGUCAGGAAUCCUACCUGCAACCUCCAGCCUACAGCCCUCGUUUCCAGAGGCCCUUCGAAGGUAUGACCAUCAUGGAAAGCAGUCGGCUCCAGGCCACGGGGCAGAUCCGAGGUGCUCUCCACCACAGGGCUUUCUAUGGCUAUCUAGGCCACCCUGGGGAUCAUGAUCCCCCACCUCCUUUUUACAUGCCUGAUACUAGCCCUCUCAGCUCCGUCAUGUCCUCCCCUCCAUACCUUGCUGAAGGUCCUUUUGGUCACCCCAUGAUUCCUGAAGAAAUGGGGGAGGGUGAUUUCCCACAAUAUGCUGUCCCUGGUUUCCCACUUCCUCUGACACUCACCUCUUCCUCUCGUUCACCGGAGAUUUGGCAGGGACUGGAUUUCACCUUUGCAAGUCUGGAGGGGCCCCAGUUCAUUUUUCCUCCGCAUCACCCUUUGCAUCUCCGCCAUGACUCUCCCUAUCCUCCUCCACCUCAUGUUCUUCCCCUUAGUGCUUUCCAGCCCUCGUCCCUUCCGAUGCCUACUUACCCAGCUGUCCUGCCACUGGAGGCCCCAAAGAGCAGCUCAAGCAAGUCUCCCAGCAAGGCCAAGCCUCGUGGCUCCCCAGCCAAGCAUUUAACUAUGCAAGAGGCACAUUUAGGGCAGCUAAGACACACAAGCCACGGUAUGGGUGUGCCGGUUUUGCCUUACACCGAUCCAAUGGCCCAUAUUGUCCCUAGCACAUUCAGUAGCCUGGACACACGGUGGUUUGAAACCACCCCUCGUUUCAGUCCCAGACAGGCUCGUAGGAUGGAUUCUGGCAUGCAUCAGGUGGUUCUCCAGCCCUCCCGACUCUCACCCCUCACCCAAAGCCCCCUUAGUUCUCAUGAGGGCUCCCCAGAGAUUGUAGUACGUCCCAGGCCACGUCCCAGCAUUGUCCAACCUCAAAUACCCCCAGAGAUGUCUGAGAUUACCCUGCUCCCUCCUUCCACAGCCAGCUUCUCAAGGAGAUCUACCCCCUCCUCCUCACCUGCCCUAGGCCACGGUAGCAGGAGAGCAAGUCCCAGCUACCGUUCCCACAUGGCCUUUGCCACCUCUGCAACCAGCUACCCAGCUUCCCAGUCCCCGUCACCCCCCAUGGAAAGCAGCAACAUAUUUGGGCAGAUGCCAUCUCAGAGGAGGACUGAGGAGGGGAUCCUUCCAUCUGAGCCCUCUCCACCCCAGUUGUCAGCUUCAGGAAAACGUCGAGGUGCGCCGAGUGCCCUUUCGGGGUCUGAGAGGAUUGAUGCACUGAGAUUCCAACGUAUUAAAAAGGCCAAGAAGAUAAUGAUGAACAACAAUAACUCCAAGCCCCGAAAGAAAGCAGGUGUCACCACCUCUCAGACCCAGCAGGCCUACACCUCUCAGGUACUCCAGCCCGAAGAAGCUCUCUACCUCCGCAAGAAGAAGAAACGGCCCAUCCUCCAUGACCCAUAUACUCGCUUUUCUGCUCUGCUGUACCGCCGCCCACCCCGGGAGGACCAGAAGGCUAUUUUGGCCAGCAUGGAUAACAUAGACCUUGACCAUGCAACCCUCCUCUGAAAGCCCUUGAAAACAAGGUCCCAACCAUGCAAUACGCCCUCAUUCCAAAAUAAAACACUAGCUACAUACCAGAUGGAAAAAAAACAAAGAUGUUUGCAAUUUAUCACAUAUAAAGGGGAAUAGCACUAAAUUUCAGCAUUCAGAUUUGGUACAUUGCGUAACUCCGCCCUUGGUCAGUUCAAUCCGCACUAGUAAGCAUUCUGCCAUGUUCAAUCUGUGAUGAUUACAAAUGUAACCAGAAGAAUUAGAUCAAAAAACAGUUUGGAUUAAUUAUGACUGGUCCCAAACAUUGGUGAAUUGGCAUGGCUUUCCCUCUAAAAUGACUGAUUAUUUUAACUACCAAUUGGGAUGCCCAAAUGUACAAGUAUGAUCUGUGUAUGUCUGAUCUGUGCUAAAAUCCAGUAGUAUUCCCUUUCAAAACACGUGUUUAGACUUUUAGCAAUGCAAAUCAAACGAUAGCUGCCACAAUUUUCCAAAGUUUUACUCCAGUGCAAAAAUAAAAAAAGAUUAUAUACAAAAGAGGGAACACAUAAAGUACCAGCUACUGUUACCCCCCGUAGUUAUCCCGCUCCAGUGUUACUGCUUUUAAUUUGAAAGACUUCUCCCAAACUUAGAUCGCAUUUCUAGUGCUGAGCCAGUCCCCCCAAACCCCAAAAAAAAAAAAAAAAGCCCUGCGGGUCUCAGUUUACAGCACCUUCCACUGGAUCCUCACCGCCAGCAGCGUCUCUUAUCUGCCGAGAAACUCGCCUCACAAAUAUGGGUAUUCUCAUUUCCUACCAAGUAUACCUCAGAGCACAGGACACGAGACCACACAACCACCAGGAUCAGCCAGCAGAACAAACUAGCCUUUUUCAUCUAUUUAGUAAUUAUUGUGUUACAACAAUAUGUUUCUUAUAUAUGUACAUCUUGUUAGAUGUACAUACUUUUAGUUUAUUUAUCUUGCAGAACAAUAAUUCUAUUUCAUUCUACUCACCCCUAAACUAAUUUACUCGGCCUAGUGAAGGAUUUCCAUUGACUUCCACUAAAUCUAAUUUCUUAUUGAAUAGAUGUCAUUCAGCAGUGAAUCACACACUUACUGUGCAUUUGCAUUUCACACGCUUAUAACAACCCAUUAACAGGCACACUGAAAAGUGGUAAUUACUUCCAAUUCUUCAAUAUAAAGUCACUUAAUUGCUCCAAUAAGCUGCUCUGUCUUUAGCUCCUCAUAUCAUAAAAGGUUUGCACUGGAGCAAAAUCUUGUCCAUUUCCUUAGAUUUGUGUCCGCUUCUUUACAUCUCCUCCAGUUCUUCUACUUCAGGUAGUGUAGAGGGUUCCACAUCCUGUUCAGAAAGAUCUAUAGUUAUGCCAAAAACAAUUCAAUUUAAAAAAAAGUAAACUACAAUACAUAGUGGAGGAUAAGAUUUUGUGCCAUAGUAUAUGAUAGUAUUUUCUUCAUACAUAUUAGAGGGCAUAAAAAACAAUGGCUUUGUUUGGCCUUAAUGGAGCGUCUGGUUGGUUGCCUGCUUCACUUGUGUCUAAUUUUUAUUUAUAUUUACUUUUUUUGUUAUUUUGUGCGUGCAUGUGUAAGUACCCGCCUCUUUGUCUCUUUAUGUGCUUGUCAUUUGAAAUGGAAAGUCUGAGAGUACAGUCAUCCCUUAAGAAAAUAGUAUGUGGCAUUGAGGGGAAACACAACAAGUGAGCCAAAAGUUUUUGUUGUAUACUUCACUGGUAUAAGCACUUUUGUUUACAUAUUGCCCAGUUUUACUUUGAAAGAUUUGAAUGGUUGAGAUGAUUAAAUUUGCCUGUCGAACUGACAUGAAAAUGUGGACACUAAAGGGGCUAAAAAUAUUUUUUAUUGGAUAAGUAAAGGAAGUGCCAUAACACUAGAAACUCAACUAUAUCACACAUUACACACGCUGCAGUUCAGAUUCAACAAAGUUCGGGUGUUUACUGUAACACUUUACUUUGUUGCUGUCUCUUUCAGUUUUGCUCAAAAGGUGCUCAAUUUCUUCAGAAGUUGUAUUCAUAUUCAAAUGUUGUGGUAACAUAUCUUGGGCUCUGAAUAUGAAAUGAAAGCAGUGUCCAUGUGUUUGGAUUGGUAUUGCUCAUUGGUAUGUUCAGUGGUUUUUAUGCAUUUAUUUCUUUGUGUAAUUUUUUAUUGUGAUUUUGAGAAGAUUCUGACUAUUCCAACUCCAACAAAGUCUUCUAAAAUUAACCAUAUUUGAAGUGUCUAUAUGUGGUUGCCUGAUGAAGAUAUUUCCACAAUGAGAGCUUGCAAAAUUAGUCGUGUCGAGGUUCAAAAAAACCUAUUAAAUUGGACAUUUAAAGUGCGGAAGAAGUGCAGACGAGAUGUGAUAUGAUCUAUUUAAUAUUACAGGGAAUACUAAUUAUGUCUUCUGACAGCAAUUAUUAAACAUAUUGAAAAUAACAGAAAUGUCCUGACUCAUGUGAAGCAUAUCCAGCAUACUGGAAUACAUUUAGUAAAUAUAUCAUACAGAUGCAUUAAGGUUGUUGCAGCAAAAAAAAAAAAAAAAGCAGCAAUUUUACAAAAAAAAAGUGCCUUUAUGAAGGAAUUAUUAUGUCUCUAAGAUUGGAUCAUCUGGUAGCUAAGAGUUAAAAUAUUGUAUCUGUUCAACUUUCUGAACUUAUUGUGGAAAUAACUUUGUAAUACAAAUGAACAUUGUGUAAUUGCAGUGAAACCACAGUCUCUACUUCCAAAGAUAACAAAGUCAGCAUGAAUCAUUUCAGUGAGAAGGAAGUGGCAUGAAAAUGUACCGAAAACAUUAAUCAUUGACAAAUCUCCCAAUAGUGGACUAUUGAUGAUAACCAUGAUAUCUUAAAAAGUUCAAUAUUGUUAUCAUGUUAAUAUUACACAUAUGACAAUAUCAUGUAAAUAAUCCAGCACCUCUUACACCAUUUCUUCCAUUUGUACUGAUCGAAAAGGUGAAUUUGACUGAUAGCGCCUAUUUUUAUUUUCUAUAGAUAAUGCGAUAAUAUCAGUAUCAACGUUUUUUUUUGGCCAUGAUAAUCUUGUAGUGACAAUCUGAUAUAGUGACAGCCCUAAUCCCCAAUCAACUGCACUAUUCUAUUCAUGAGAGUUACUGCACAUAGCCGAUUUGAAGGACUGUGCGGAUAAUAGUUUGGCUAGCCGAGCCUACCACGUGACUAUGUGACAGUCACAUUGAUUUUAAAAGCUCUGGCACUGACUGAUGUAAUGACUAGGGGUGUGAUGAUACUCUCAGCUCACGUGACGAGACAUGAUAUUGGGUCCAGGAGAACGAGACAAGACGAGAUUUUAAGAAAACUAAAAUGACACAAUAUAUAACUGGACCAACUGACUUUUAUUUAACCGAGUUGCACAUGCAUUUUGAAAUGUUUUAUUAUAACUCUUUACAUGCAUGAUGUAAGCCUGAGCUUUUAAUAAACUUCUUCUUCCACAAAUUGAAACUAAAACUAAAAUUUGUAAAAGUUAAAAUAAGAUAAAUA